AUGACGACGGAGAAGGUUCAUGUUGGAAUUGAUAUUGGCACAACUUCGGCAAAAAUAUGUGCAAAAAAAGGGAAGGAGGUGAUCUUCGAGGGCAAACGAGUAUAUGAAACCGACGAGAUUGAAUCUGAAAAUGGAAUUCAGAAUACGAAAUUAAUUCUGAAUACUGUGAUUGGUCUUUUGAAAACAAUCAGAGAAAAAUUUGAGAAUGAGAAUUUACAAAUUUCCGAUAUUUGGACAUGCGGACAGAUGCAUGGAAUCGUUUUUUGGGAUCAAGACUUUGUUGAGACAUCAGAUUUUCUCAACACGUCUUCUUUAUAUAACUGGACAUACAGCACUCCAAACCUUCAGAACUUUUUGAAAACUCUUCCAAAAUGGAAUUCUGGAGAGAUCCAUCCUGGAUUUGGACUGGUCACACUAGCUUAUUUAAACAACUCUUCUCCAGAUUCUUUGAAAAAAUACAAUCGAUGCGGAACAAUUAUGGACUUAUUUCUGACCUAUUUGACUCAAAAUUCCAAAUGUUUUAUCAGUCAACACAAUGCUUUCAGCUGGGGUUACUGUAGCUCGGACUACACGUGGCAACCAGAAAUUCAGAAAUUCCUUCCCAAUUGGAUUGAACUUCCAACAAUUGCACAAGACAAUUCAAAAGUUGUUGGCACUUGGAAUGGUAUCAGAUGCCACGUGGCUUCUGGAGACCUUCAGGCAUCUGUUGCUUCAUUGGAUUCAUUUGAGAAGACUGCAUACAUAAUCAUCGGAACAUCUGCUCAAUUAUGUUGUCUUGUGGAUUCCAAUCAAUUAUCAACUACAGUACUCCCAUCUACAAUAGUCCAAUUACCAUAUUCUGAUUCGCAGAAAUUAAUUGCAGCGUGUUCAAUGAAUGGUGGAAAUGCUUUGGAAUCUGUUUUGAAGACAAAUGCUGAUAAAACAUUUUCAUCGGAUAGACUGUGUCAACUUCUCGUUGAAUUGGAUAACACAGUACCCCGGCUGCCGACAAACCUCAAAAUCGAUCCGAUUUUCAUCCCAGAACGUGGAGUUUCAAAGGAAUUGUCAAUCCAAAAUGUUCGUUCAGACACCACUGAUAUCCAGAUAUUAGAAGCCACUCAUGAAGGCAUCAUCAACAAUUUGUUUUCGUUGUUCCCAGUUUCUCUGUUGUUCACUUUGAGCAUUAAGACCAUAGCACUUGUUGGAUCUUCACAAUCUACACGAUUCAGAAGACAUAUCGAAUCCGUAAUCGAUGCGAAUUUUGAAGUUAUAACGUCAGCCUCUGCCAUUUCAACUCCAGCUGGCGCGAUUAACUUUUCCAAGAUUUAA